UCCUCCGUUCAAUCUUAAUCCCUGUGGCUCUGCGCGCUAAUGCUGCGGCUGCAAUCUAUCCACAAGGAUCAGGCAGCCGCGGCCAUCUAACGUUACCAGAGCUACCCGCUGACUUCACCCGCGACCGGGACGCUGUUUUUGACGCGCGUCAGGGGCGGUUUUGAUCCGUGGGACCGGUUCAAGUUUUCAGGAGCGUCCUGCAGGGUUCAGCCUCAGCCUUCUUCCUGCUUGAACACCUGUGUGACUCUGACGGAGCGCAGCCCCGUGGUUAUCAUGGCCUCAGCCGAUGAAACAGAGGGUGCCAUGACUCCGGUGGACUUUAUCCAGCUGCAGCAUUACAUGGAAGAAAGCAGUUUGAGAGUCAGGGAUGUGAUUAAGGAGUUUCAUCCAGGUGGCCGUUACGCCAAGCACACUUCUGGAGAGUGCCUCGAUGUAGAGGGCUUCUGUCUGUUCCUGAAGACCUACCUGGAAGUGGAGGACUUCCCUACGGACUUCUGUGGAAAGCUCUUUCGUUAUUUUCAACAAGCGGAGAAGGACGGGUCUCCAAAAAGCACCAUGCCCAAAGGAGGAGGGGUCUUCCUUCGGGACGUGUCGUGUUACUUCUCAGUGCUGGAGGAAGGACAACCACGGGAGAAGCUUGAGUUUACCUUCAACCUCUAUGACAAAGAUGGAAAUGGACUCUUGGACAGUUCUGAAGUGGACCGUAUAAUCGCUCAGAUGAUGCGAGCUGCUGAUUACCUGGGCUGGGACGUGACUGAACUGAGACCAGUUCUCAAAGACAUGAUGACUGCAAUAGAUGUUGACGACAGUGGAACUGUCACUCUGGAGGAAUGGGUGAAGGGAGGCAUGAACAAUGUGCCUUUGCUUGUAUUGCUUGGACUGAGGAUGACUGAGAAGGACGGCCAGCACAUCUGGAGGCUGAAGCAUUUCAACAAACCCACCUACUGCGGCGUGUGUGAGAACAUGCUGCUCGGCCUCGGCAAGCAGGGACUCUACUGCAACUGCUGCGCUUACACUGUCCACAACCAGUGCGCCAACAAGAACCCCGACCGAUGUGCUUGGACCUUUGUGAAAAACAAACAGGAAAUUGGUAAAGCAUUUCACGACUGGAUCAAAGCCGACUGCAACUCCAGCAAGUGCCAGGUCUGCUUUAAGAAGAUCAAAACUUUAGCAGGGAGGCGCUGCGUGUGGUGCCAGGAGACGCGCCACGAUGACUGCGUCACGACUGGUGUGCCGAAAUGUGACUGUGGUCCACUGAAGAACCACAUAUUGCCACCAUGGACCGUCUAUCCUAUCUCUAAGGAGGAGAACACCAACCUGUUGAAUGUCCCCCCUGAUGGCCACAUCCUUCAGAUUUCUCCUGAUCUAGAUAUUCAGCCUUUGCUGGUAUUUGUAAAUCCUAAAAGUGGAGGGAAGCAGGGUGAACGCGUUCUCAGGAAGUUUCAGGGCCUGCUGAACCCGCGUCAGGUGUACAACCUAACUAAUGGUGGUCCCACUCGAGGACUUCACUUCUUUCGAAAUCUGCGUCAGUUCAGGAUCUUGGUGUGUGGGGGAGACGGCACGGUCGGGUGGCUCCUGGAUGCUAUAGACAAAGCCAGCAUCUCGGUGCGUCCUCCAGUUGCUGUGCUGCCCCUGGGAACUGGAAAUGACUUGGCUCGCUGCCUACGCUGGGGAGGAGGAUACGAGGGCUCUGACUUGAGGGAAAUCCUGAAGGAGAUCGAAGGAAGUGAGGUCAUUCCUUUGGAUCGCUGGAGCAUCACGGUGACGCCAAAAAACCCCAAGGAUGCAGGAGACCCUGUUCCAAACGAAAUAAUGAACAACUAUUUCUCUAUUGGAGUGGAUGCUUCCAUUGCUCAUCGUUUUCACUCCAUGAGAGAGAAGCAUCCCCAAAAGUUCAACAGCCGAAUGAAGAACAAGCUGAUGUAUUUUGAGUUUGCUACCUCUGAGUCCAUCUCAGCCUCCUGCAAGAAACUAAAGGACUGUCUCACUAUUACAUGCUGUGGAAAACCUAUAAACCUGGACAACAUGUCUUUAGAGGGUAUAGCCGUCCUCAACAUACCCAGCAUGCAUGGCGGCUCCAACCUUUGGGGUGAAUGUAAGAAAGCCGAUGGCGCUUCGGAAGCGGCGCACACGCACAGUGAAGUCAUCACUGACCGGGAACUUCUUAAAACAGUCACGCAAGAUAUCAGCGAUAAACGUCUGGAGGUGGUGGGGCUGGAAGGAGCCUUGGAGAUGGGACAGAUCUACACUGGACUGAAGAGCGCUGGACACAGACUGUCACAGACCUCCGAAAUCACCAUCAGCACAACCAAAGCUCUGCCAAUGCAGAUUGAUGGAGAGCCCUGGAUGCAGCCUCCAUGUGAGAUCCGCAUAACUCACAAGAACCAAGCUAACAUGCUCAUAGCUGCACCAACCAAAUCAUCCGGCUUCUUUCACCACAAGUAACCGUCGGAUCUGCCACUUCAUCCGGUCUGCAGAGGGUCGCAGCUGAGUAUUUAAAGUCUGACGCUGCACAUAUUUAACUGUGUGUUUUUAUCCUACGUGUUCUUCGCAUUCAUUCCCUGACAUGGUUUUAACAUACCCAUUUGAACUUCUGGGGGAGAAAAGUUGAAUAUUUGUUUGUCAAGAGUCCAAAUCGCUGCUUCUGUGUGCCAAUUUAAAUGUUAUGCGACCUCUUAUGCAAUGAAGCCGUAAAAUAUUCUCUACAUUAAUAAGGAUUAUGAGUUCACCAUAUCCAUUUUAUAUGUUGUGAUGAUAGUUAGAGUUGUGAAACAUGUUUACAGUGAUGUGUUGUUAACGUUCCUCUGUUUUUAAUGCAGCUCGUAGGGAAGCUGCUUUGUUUUCGGCCUCGCGGGGCUCCCUACAGCUCACACGCUCCCUCUAAGCCGCAUGUCGUAAAAUUCACCGUCAGUGUUUAUCCCCUUUAGAAUAAGGAAAGUCGAUGAGGAUGCCAAUGUUUUUACAUGACAAGAAAUAUGAGACAAACCAGUUGUCAAUGUCUCUAUUUUAUUUUUUUAAAAGCUCCAAGUUGCUUAAAUGUUGCUUUUGAAAACAAAAAUCAUAAAGUUUUUUCUCAUUGCCAUUCCUUAAUGUUUUAUUCAGGAUAAACUACAUAAGUUGUAUAAGAUUUAUGGAUGUAACAAUUAUUUAACAAUUUGUGCUAAAAACACUGUGAUGCUCUUUGACAAAGGUGUUCAAUGUUUCUGGGAACGAGUUUAUGCCAAAAUGUGGUGGAUUAAGCCAAAAUCAGAUUAUUUUUAGAUUGUUGUAAAUUAUUUGCCCUCAGCUAUUGGAUGUUAAUCCUGUUUUAAUUAUAUAUGUUACUUAUAUGUGUGUUUAUGUAUCAUGUUGAUGUCAAAUUGUGCAUCUGUCAUUUGUAUGUUUCUGGUCUUUAGUCUUCUUAACGAGGCUUGUGCAACAUCAAAUGUAAAAGAUGUGCUAAAAACCUCUCAAAUUAAUUGAGUUGUUAAUAAGAAGGUAAAAGCUAGCAGACACUGGUCUCAUUCUU